AUGGCUUCUCCCCUCCGUCCCGGCGGCGGUGUCCUAACCGGAGCCACAUCACAAGAAGAAUGGCUAUGCUCAAGAACUACGCUAUAUCCAUCUCUUCACGAAGAAUUCUACCGCCUCCCUGAAAUAGGCGCCAUUUAUACACCCGACGUCCUCGUUUUUAUCGAUGUCAUUACGGCAGCCAUGCUACGUCUUCCAGAGGUUGAUACGAAUCAACAAGGAGAGCUUACGUAUUCGGAGCAAAAAGACAGAGAUAUGGCUUUGGCCAAGAUGCGUUGCAUAAUGCGUAUCUUGCGGGCUCGUCACAUCAAUCGUGUUGUUCUAGGGGCUUGGGGCUGUGGCGCCUACGGAAACCCAGUCGACGAGAUUGCCCGGUCGUGGAGGAGGGUGUUACUAGGACCACAAGCCAAGAGAUCUGAGCGAGUUGAAGUUUAUGAUGAUAUGGAGGUAGUUUUUGCUAUCAAGGAUCACGACAUGGCUCGUAGGUUUACAACUGCCUUUGGGGCUGGGGCCGUCUUCGAGGAGCUUGGUGGUGAUGGCGUCGAUUAG